CGACGACGACGGCGCGCGGACGCGAAGAUGGCGCGACCGACGCGACCGCCGUCGGUGCUCGCGCGCGCGCGGUGCGACGACGCGGGACGACGCGCGACGCGAACGACGACGACGCGUCCGCGACGUCGCGACGUCGACGUCGCGGUCGGCGUCGCGGGCGCGCGCGCGCGCGACGGACGACGACGCGCGCGCGCGACGGAGACGCGCGCGAUCGACCCCGCGCACGCGGACGCGGCGCGCGAGGUGCAUCGCGCGCUCGGCGACGUCGCCGUCGGCGUCGGGCUGCCGUGCACGGUGCAAAACUGCGGGGACGCGAUAUAUCGAAGCACGCUCGACGCCGAGCUGCGACGAGAGAUCGCGCCGCUGCUCACGCCGGUGGGAGCGACGAUAUUGGCGGUCGCCGCGACGUACGGGCUGAUCACGCCGGGAGUGAUUCCGGGGGUGGUUGACUUUUAUCUGCUGCGACCGCUGUUGGGGACGCUGCGAAAGCGGUACGCGUUGGAGGAUUUCGCGCUCGGGAAAAAACUGGGAGAGGGUGGGUUUGGGGUGGUGUACGAGGCGACGGGGGUGAACGACCAGAAAAAGUACGUGCUGAAGCGAGCGACGGACUACGGAGAGGCGGAGGUUUGGAUGAACUCGCGGUUGCAAAUAGCGUGCCCGGGGGCGUGCGCCGACUUUGUCUCCGCGUUCGAGGGUCCGCCGGUGAAGAAGGGAGACGACGAGCCGUCGCUGUGGCUGGUGUGGAAAUACGAAGGGAAAAGUACGCUGUUUGAGCUCAUGAAGGACAAGAAUUUCCCGUAUAACGUCGAGCCGUACAUGUUUAAAGACGGCGAGGCCCCGGGAGGGUUACCGCCGGGGGCGCGACGCAAGUCCAUCAUCAUCGGUAAAAUCUUGGAUCAAAUCUUAGACGCGCUCGCGCGCGUGCACGGUACCGGUAUCGUUCACCGCGACGUCAAGCCAGAAAAUAUUUUAUUUGACGAAUCGAGCGGAAAGUUUCGUUUGAUUGAUCUCGGCGCCGCGGCAGAUUUGCGAUCUGGCGUCAACUAUUCGCCAAAGGAUUUCAUCUUUGACCCUCGCUUCAAGGCGCCAGAGGAGUACAUUAUGAGUAGACAGACCCCAGAGGCACCUGUGCUUCCCGUAGCAUUAGCUCUGUCGCCCGUGCUGUGGCAGCUCAACCUCCCAGAUCGUUUCGACAUGUACAGCACCGGGGUUAUGUUCUUGCAAAUGUGCCUGCCAAACUUGCGGAAGGACGACGAUUUGAUCAAGUUCCGUCGAGAGUUAGAGGACAACGGUAACGAUCUCGUGGCGUGGAGAAAUAACAUCGCUUCGCGCGUGAUGAAGAGACCUGAAGUAGAAGAAGGUUUCGAAGUGCUCGACUUGGACGAUCGCGCCGGCUGGCGCUUGGUCAAGGGUCUCAUGGCCACCGAAGGCCGCUCGCGACCGGCGGCGCUCGGCGCUCGCGGCUCGCGAUUCGUUCGAGGUAAAAGCUCGGCGUUGACCGUCGCCGAAAAGUUGUUCCCACUUCCGGACGAGGACUCGGAAACGAACGACGAGAACGCGUUCGGAAAGUGGUUACUCUUCCGCGUCGCUCGCAGCGGCACGCGUAAGGAGGGCGGUUUCACCGAGGCACAGCUGCGCGAGUUCGAAGAGGAUGGCAACAUCGACGACGUGGACACCGCGCGUAAAAAUUUAGGAAUGGUGGCCACAGAAACUUUGGCGAGCUAUGGCGUCGAUAAAGUCGAGCGCACUCUGGCCGAGCGUCCAAAUCGACAAGCGAAAGUGCCGUCGUCUUCGGGCUUCGAUCUCAAGGACAUCGGAGACAAGCUCACGUCGAGCUUCGACGAGAUGUUCGGCGAACGUGAUUAG